GACGUGCGCAUGUCGCCGCCAUCUCAUUAGGUAGAGAGCCAUCAACUUUUCACGACCGUUGACAUUUUUUCCGAUAAGAACCAAAAAAAAAAAAAAAAAAAAAAAAAAAUCUCUCUACGUCUUCUUCCUUCUUGACCCAAGAGCUAAUGUCAAUGUCUCGCCGCGGAUUGAUUAGGAUGUUGCUCGUCGCCGUCUUCCUCGUCAUGCUUCAGUCAUCAACUGCUCUGAUUAGUUCUCCGAGUUCUAUCAUCAACCCUUCUAAAGUCAAACAAGUUUCUUCAAAACCCAGGGCAUUUGUGUAUGAAGGUUUUCUAACGGACCUGGAAUGUGAUCAUCUGAUCUCCCUUGCGAGAGAGAAUCUGCAGAGAUCUGCGGUUGCUGAUAACGACAAUGGGGACAGUCAAGUCAGUGACGUUCGGACCAGCUCCGGCACGUUUAUCUCCAAAGGAAAGGAUCCUAUUGUUUCCGGUAUAGAGGAUAAGCUCUCCACAUGGACAUUCCUCCCAAAAGAAAAUGGAGAAGACCUUCAGGUGCUAAGAUAUGAGCACGGUCAAAAAUACGACGCUCACUUUGACUACUUCCACGACAAAGUCAACAUCGCCCGUGGUGGACACCGCAUUGCAACCGUUCUCAUGUAUCUCUCCAAUGUCACAAAGGGUGGAGAAACUGUUUUCCCUGAUGCAGUGGAGUCUUCCCGCCUCAAGGUUUCUGUAAACAAAGACGGCCUUUCUGAUUGCGCAAAGAAAGGAAUUGCUGUGAAACCGAAGAAAGGAGAUGCACUGCUGUUCUUCAACCUCCACCAAGACGCAACCCCAGAUACAUUAAGCCUUCACGGAGGCUGUCCUGUGAUCGAAGGAGAGAAAUGGUCAGCGACCAAGUGGAUCCACGUGGACUCGUUCGAUAAGAUUGUGACGCAUGACGGUAGCUGUGCGGAUGUAAACGAGAGCUGUGAGAGAUGGGCGGUGCUUGGAGAGUGCGCAAAGAAUCCAGAGUAUAUGGUGGGAACUCCAGAGCUCCCUGGAAACUGCAGGCGUAGCUGCAAAGCUUGUUAAAAAGUUUAAAUUUAUGUAUGACUGUACCAUUAAGUUUUCUUUAUUGAUCGAACUUUGUUUUGUAAACUUUUUGUUUCUGAUGAACUCUUUGUUCCUUGA